CACUGACUACUACCACGCUGCUUUGGCACUGACUACUACCACGCAGCUCCGGCACUGACUACUACCACGCUGCUUUGGCACUGACUACUACCACGCUGCUCCGGCACUGACUACUACCACGCUGCUUUGGCACUGACUACUACCACGCUGCUCCGGCACUGACUACUACCACGCUGCUUUGGCACUGACUACUACCACGCAGCUCCGGCACUGACUACUACCACGCUGCUCUGGGACUGACUACUACCACGCUGCUCCGGCACUGACUACUACCACGCUGCUCCGGCACUGACUACUACCACGCUGCUCCGGCUCUGACUACUACCACGCUUCUCCGGCUCUGACUACUACCACACUGCUCCGGCUCUGACUACUACCACUCUUCUCCGGCACUGACUACCACCAUGCUUCUCCGGCACUGACUACUACCACGCUGCUCCGGCUCUGACUACUACCACUCUUCUCCGGCACUGACUACUACCACGCUGCUCCGGCUCUGACUACUACCACUCUUCUCCGGCACUGACUACCACCACGCUUCUCCGGCACUGACUACUACCACGCUGCUCCGGCUCUGACUACUACCACUCUUCUCCGGCACUGAAAUCAUUCGGGGGUUGGAGAUAGCUGCGUUGCUAGUUGCGGCCACCACAAGGAGUAAUGGAGAGGUCCACCAUGUAGAAAGACUGCAACCGGAGACAGAAGACAGAAGACAGAAGCUUGAGAAUCAGAAUGGGAACAUAUAUUCGGAGUGGCUCUGGACGGCAGCCGUGUGAAGCCCAGUGACAGAAGAAAACAGAAGGGAUCGUUAUUUUCCUGUGGACCUACGCGUCUCCUCUCUCUGCUCCUCUCUCUGCUCCUCUCUCUGCUCCUCUCUCUGCUCCUCCAGCUCCAGUUCCUUUACGCGCUGGUCCUGCCGGUGUAGCUGACCUCCCUUAGUGUUUUCCUGGAUGGUCGCACGGUUUCUUCACCACAACACCGUUUGCUGAGGGAUCUUAGCCUGUCGUCUUUGCCUCGGUCAGGACGGUUUUCAUCCCUGCCUGUCAGCUUCUGUGGCUGCUUCGCGGCUCGGUCUCUCUUUGACCUAGAAAUCUAUUGUUUGGUUUCACCGGUGUCGCCGUCUCCCUUCCAGUGGCGUUCAUCCCUCUCUCUCUCUCUCCCGCUUUCUUAUCUGCUCAUUAUUUUGAGGAUCUCUGUCCCUCCCCGCCGACACACACCGUUUCACCUGAGGUUUCUGCUCCUGGUUUCGCGAAGCUCCUGAGCAUCACCAGCUUGUCGGUCGCCAUGGGGGACCUGACAAACAGUGAUUUUUACGCCAAGAACCAAAGAAACUCCAGCAGCGCCAACCAUGAAGGGGACUUCGGGGUGUCAGUCAUGGAGCUUCGGGGGCUCAUGGAACUGCGAGGUGGCGAGGCAGUCGUGAAGAUCCAGGAGGACUAUGGAGACAUGGACGGACUCUGUCAGCGACUCAAAACAUCUCCCACAGAAGGCUUAUCAGGAGAUGUAACCGACCUUGAAAAGAGAAAAGAAGCCUUUGGGCAGAACCUCAUACCUCCAAAGAAGCCCAAAACCUUUCUGGAGUUGAUAUGGGAGGCCUUGCAGGAUGUUACCUUAAUCAUCCUGGAGGUGGCGGCUCUGAUCUCCCUGGGACUGAGCUUCUACCAGCCCCCAGGAGGGGAUACAGGGGACAGCUGCGGGACGGCGGCAGGCGGGGGCGAGGAUGAGGGCGAGGCCGAGUCCGGCUGGAUCGAGGGGGCGGCCAUCUUGCUGUCAGUGGCAUGUGUGGUGCUGGUGACGGCAUUCAACGACUGGAGCAAGGAGAAGCAGUUCCGCGGGUUGCAGAGCCGCAUCGAGCAGGAGCAGAAGUUCCAGGUCGUCCGGGGCGCCCAGGUCAUACAGCUGCCUGUGGCCGACAUCGUGGUCGGGGACAUCGCACAGAUCAAGUAUGGUGACCUGCUACCAGCGGAUGGAGUGUUGAUCCAGGGGAAUGAUCUCAAGAUAGACGAGAGCUCCCUGACGGGGGAGUCGGACCAUGUCAAAAAGACCGCAGACAGGGACCCCAUGCUGCUCUCUGGUACCCAUGUCAUGGAAGGUUCUGGCAGGAUGUUGGUGACCGCCGUGGGGGUCAACUCUCAGACCGGCAUCAUCUUCACCCUGCUGGGGGCUGGGGAGGUCGGAGAGGAGGAGAAGAAGGAGAAGAGAGACUCCUCCCACCCCUCUGACCCCCCCAUCUCAACCAUAGCCACCGGUGCUGCUGUGGGCAAGGCACCAGGCAAUGCCUACAUAGUCAAUGGUAAAAUGCAGGAUGGGAAUAUCGAGAACAACCAGACUAAAGUGAAGAAGCAGGACGGAGCGGCUGCCAUGGAGAUGCAGCCUCUGAAGAGUGCAGAGGGGGGUGAGACGGAGGAGAAGAAGAAGACAAACGUCUCCAAGAAAGAGAAGUCUGUCCUCCAGGGGAAGCUGACCAAGCUGGCGGUUCAGAUCGGCAAAGCUGGCCUGGUGAUGUCAGCCAUCACAGUCAUCAUCCUGGUCCUGUACUUUGCAGUGGACAACUUUGUCCUGCAGAAGAGGCCUUGGCUGACAGAGUGCACUCCCAUCUAUGUCCAGUACUUCGUCAAGUUCUUCAUCAUCGGUGUCACCGUUCUGGUGGUGGCGGUCCCUGAGGGCCUGCCUUUGGCCGUCACCAUCUCCCUCGCCUACUCUGUCAAGAAAAUGAUGAAGGACAACAACCUGGUGCGUCAUCUGGACGCGUGCGAGACGAUGGGCAACGCCACGGCCAUCUGCUCCGACAAGACCGGCACACUGACCACCAACCGCAUGACAGCCGUGGCAUGCUACAUCGGAGAUGUUCACUACAAGGAGAUACCAGACCCUGGAGUUCUGUCAAACAAGUCUCUGGACAUACUCGUCAAUGCCAUCUCUCUCAACAGCGCCUACACCACCAAGAUACUGCCUGCCACCAAGGAGGGGGGCCUGCCCAUGCAGGUCGGCAACAAGACAGAGUGUGGUCUGCUGGGCCUGGUGCUGAAACUCAAGAGGGACUACCAACCCAUCCGCAAUCAGAUCCCCGAGGAGAAACUCUACAAGGUGUACACCUUCAACUCAGUCAGGAAAUCCAUGUCCACUGUCAUCAAACUACCAGAAGGCGGUUUCCGGAUGUACAGCAAGGGAGCCUCUGAGAUUGUUCUCAAGAAGUGCACUAAGAUUCUGAAUGCGGAGGGCGAGCCGAGAGUUUUCCGUCCACGCGACAAGGACGAGAUGGUAAAGAAGGUCAUCGAGCCCAUGGCAUGUGAUGGGCUGCGGACCAUCUGUGUGGCGUACCGAGACUUCCCAGCCGACCCAGAACCCCUCUGGGACAACGAGAAUGACAUCCUCAAUGAGCUGACGGCGGUGUGUGUGGUUGGCAUAGAGGACCCCGUCAGACCAGAGGUGCCAGCUGCCAUCGUACGCUGCCAACGCGCGGGCAUUACGGUACGCAUGGUGACAGGAGACAACCUGAAUACGGCCAGAGCAAUCGCCAUGAAGUGUGGCAUCAUCCACCCUGGAGAGGACUUCCUGGCUAUCGACGGGAAGGAAUUCAACAGGAGGAUCAGAAAUGAGAAAGGAGAGGUUGAGCAGGAGCGCAUGGACAAGGUGUGGCCUAAACUGCGAGUCCUGGCUAGAUCCUCUCCGACUGACAAACACACAUUGGUGAAAGGCAUCAUCGACAGCACCUUGACCGACCAGCGACAGGUGGUUGCAGUGACAGGGGACGGCACAAACGAUGGUCCCGCCUUAAAGAAGGCUGACGUGGGCUUUGCUAUGGGCAUCGCAGGGACGGAUGUGGCCAAGGAGGCGUCCGACAUCAUCCUGACGGAUGACAACUUCAGCAGUAUAGUGAAGGCUGUGAUGUGGGGCAGGAACGUCUACGACAGCAUCUCCAAGUUCCUCCAGUUCCAGCUGACUGUCAACGUGGUGGCUGUCAUCGUGGCCUUCACUGGGGCCUGUAUCACACAGGACUCACCUCUGAAAGCAGUGCAGAUGUUGUGGGUGAACCUGAUCAUGGACACAUUUGCGUCCUUGGCCCUGGCCACCGAGCCGCCAACCGAGGCCCUGCUGAUGAGGAAACCAUAUGGCCGCAACAAACCCCUGAUCUCCAGCACAAUGACCAAGAACAUCCUGGGACAUGGCAUUUACCAGCUCGUCAUCAUCUUCUCCUUGCUGUUUGUUGGCGAGCAGAUCUUUGACAUAGACAGUGGUCGUAAUGCUCCGCUGCACUCUCCUCCGUCAGAACACUAUACCAUCAUCUUCAACACUUUUGUCCUCAUGCAACUUUUCAACGAGAUAAAUGCCAGGAAGAUCCACGGUGAACGCAACGUCUUCGAUGGGAUCUUCAGAAACCCCAUCUUCUGCUCCAUUGUCUUCGGAACCUUUGCCAUUCAGAUUGUGAUCGUGCAGCUGGGAGGGAAGCCAUUCAGUUGUACUCCUCUAGACCUGGAGAAAUGGGGCUGGUGCACCUUCCUGGGACUAGGAGAAUUAGUCUGGGGACAGGUGAUUGCCACAAUUCCCAAUAGCAAGCUGCGAUUCCUACGAGGGGCGGGCCAGCUGACCAAGAAGAAUGAGAUGCCUGGUGACGAGGACAUGAACGAGGACAACGAGGAGAUCGACCAUGCGGAGAGAGAGCUGCGUCGUGGGCAGGUCCUUUGGUUCAGGGGGCUGAGCCGCAUUCAGACCCAGAUUCGCGUCGUGAAUGCAUUCCGUAGUUCUCUCUAUGAAGGACUGGAGAAAACUGACUCCAGAUCGUCCAUCCACAACUUCAUGACCCACCCGGAGUUCAGACUGGAAGACUCCACCCCGCACAUCCCCCUGAUCGACGACACUGACUUGGAGGAUGACCCGGCAUUGAGGAAGACCCCCCAGUCUCUGUCCCGGGCGGGCAGCCAGCCCCAGUCCCCCAAUAAGAACAACAACGCCAUCGACAGUGGCAUCAACCUCACCAUCGACACCACCAGUAAAUCAGCUGCUUCCUCCAGUCCCAGCAGCCCUCUCCACAGUCUGGAGACGUCCCUCUAACCACCUGCAGCUGGCGGGCAGACGGAUGGCCACAGGACCUUCUUGGCUGCAGCAUCCUGCCGGUGGCCCCUUCCGGAGCCCCUUCUGGCAGCCUGGCUGGCUGAUGGAGACCUCCUUCUACAACCAUGGAGACCUCCUCCUCUACCGCUUGGAUAGCUUUCUCUGGAGGCCUGUUGGAGAUCUCCUCUGCUGCAGUCCGGUGGCUUCCACGCUGCAGUUUGGAGACUUUCGUCUUUACCUCCUUUGUCUGCAGUUUGGAGAUUGUCCUCCAGUCCAAGUCUGCCUGCUGCUGAGGGAAAACAAUACUAAAACUAUACAAUCAUAAAGCGCAACAAAGCCAACACACAUGAUAUGAAUGUGUGUGUGUGUCUGUCUGUGUGUGGUUUGUGUGUGUGUGUGUGUGUGUGUGUGUGUGUGUGUUUGCUGACUGACUGAACACUGUUUCUAGCAGCAGUCAAGUGAAGGACUAGACAGACCUGGGCGGAGCGACUUGAAAAACAAUAAACAGUUCGUACUAUACCCCAGUCCCUAUCCUUUACACAAUACAAACAAUGACUAUAAUGAUGACAGUUUCAAUUAAAACAUUAUUAUUAUCGCUCCUGCAUGAAUGUACAUUACCCACCGUUUUUAUUUGAAUUGUUUUUAGUUUAUUUGAAUUCUUUGAUUUGACUGGGUGGGUG